UUGCUAAGAUGUUUACGCGGUAUAUUUCAUCUCCUUCCUGUUCCUUUUUUUUCACACUGUGAGCCCUGCUCUUCCUGUUUCUUCAGAUAAACACCAUACGUUUUGAAAACGAGAAGGCAGAUCUGGAGGUCUCUGUGCUUUUUAUUGUCAAUGAUAUGAUUAAUUACAUUUUUAUUGUAAAAUUGUAUCCAGUGGUUGCUGACUGGAUGGGUCCUGGAAUACUGACAUCUUAGAAUACUGAGCCUUAAAAUGGUUUGUAUUUAAGCAAACCACUUAUUUCCUGAUUACAGUCCAGCUGAUAGUAAAAAAAGAUGAAUUCCACAGCUGAAUUGUCGAAUCACUCUUUUCGAAGUAAAUGCCACCCUGAAGGAUACCCUGGGGAACACUUGAUUGGGAAUAUCUUUGCCUUUCUAUACAUCGCCAUUGUCAUUUUAGGUUUCCCCUCCAACUGCUUCUCUGUGUUCGUCUCCUACCAGCAUAUAAGACAGGGCAAUGCGAUGGGAGUCUACCUAAUGAACCUGGCCCUGGCAGACCUCUUCUUCAUCAUGAUGUUACCCAUCUGGGUGGACAACAUCUUGGCUGAGGAGUGGCGUCAUGGGGGCUUUGCAUGUAACCUGUGUGUCUUCCUGUUAUUCACCCACUUCUAUGCCAGCGUGUCUAUGUUGUGCUGCAUCGCUGUUGACCGUUAUAUGGCCGUGGUUCACCCCCUAAGGUUCCCUUACAUUCGAAAAUUGGGAACAGUCGUGGGCGUCUGUGUUCUUUCGUGGACCUGCACCAUGGCCUUCAAUUGCAUCACAGUGUCUCAUUACGUGUAUGACGACACCGACAAGAUCUGUCUGUACGCCUUUCCUAUGCCUUUGCAGGCGAAAGUCAACAUAGCUAGGUUUUUCGCUUGGUUCCUCGUGCCGUCUUUGCUGGUCGGGUUCUGCUGCUGGAAGACCAGCAAAGAGGUCCGGUCCAACCGUGCCACCGAGGAAGAGGAGUGUAAGCGGGUGUGCCGGCUCCUGUGGCUGGUGCAGCUGACCCUGUCCAUCUGCUUCGGCCCCUUUCAUAUCAUGCUUCUGCUGAUGAACCAGGUGGAGGACUGCGAGACACUAACCUGGAUGUUCUACCUUUAUAAAGUCACCGUGAUCCUGGCCAGUCUCAAUUGCCUCGCCGAUCCUCUACUCUACUGCUUCAUCACCCGGUCAGGGAGAGCAAGUGUCACCAAGGCUUUUCUGUUACUUCAGAGGAAGGACCCAGGCAACUCCAUGGAGGGGGAACUGAAGCAGCCAUUUCACAAGCCUUAGUUUGCAAUAGCCUCUCACCAGCAGACUCAGUAAUUGUGCAGGGACCCAGUGGGUGCCAUGCUGUGACGUUGAUAAGUUUCAGUCCCCAACACUUCAAAGGACUGAAUUUAGCCUCCUUGCCAGCAUGUGUGAUUGAAUCUGUAAUCUUUGGUUACACUUGAUUGGCCUUAUUCAUUGCAGAUCUUGGCAUCAUUCUUACAAAUAUUCAUGUCAUUGUAAAAGGCACAAGUACACAUUCAAGCUGUUGUAACAAUGCUUUUGCUCCAUUUUUGAUUUCAAAGAGGCUUUCUACUUUUCCAUCUGUGCCACCGGCCACAUGUGAGCUGCACUUUCAGUUCUACUUUCACAGGUUAUUUGUAGGUGUAGAAGAGAAAAUGAUGAUAUUAUUAUUAGCAACAACUGGCAACUGUACCACUUACUUUUCCUAUACUGGAACUAACUCAACACAAUGAUUCAAUACAAAUAUAUUAUCUUCUUCUA